AUGAACAUAUGCACUUAUUCCGCAUCACUAUUACCGAGAGUGGACUAUCCAAUUGGCCAGACCUACCAGGUGGCAAGCACACUCUUCGCCCGCCGGCCACGGAGUCUUCUGUAUAACGGUAUUAAUUCCAAAAAAGAACUGAAAUAUAUAGAGUUUCCGAACCAUUUCCCAUCUACCCGAGAUCAUCCUCCUGCAUCCUGCGGAGGCCGCCUCAUCGUCAUCACCAUCACACAAGUUGCCACGGAAACCAUGAUGUCCGUGUACACCGCCUAA